CUGCUUAUCCUUAUCUCUAUCCACAUGUUUCUCUUCAUCUUACAUGCGUACCUAGGCUAUCCAUCUAUGAAGGAUUAUCUACACUACGAUCCAUAAUGAUAGGUGUCGAGAUUAUGGAUGAGGGGUACCGCUCCGUAUCCUACAUAUGUAAGACAUGUAUGAAGGAUCACAUAUAUUGAAUUCCACUCGAUUUACUUGCUCUUUUUAUUCACGUCAGGGUUGAAGCGAUUGACAAUCAUUCAUUUGAUCCAUCGACGAUUUUCUAAAUGCAUGUUGAUUUUUUGUUUGCAUUUUGGGUAGUCGUGAUUCGUAAUUCUUCAUCCUGCCAAAUUAUCGUGCAUCGCGUUGAACGUCAAGGAAUUCGGAAUGGUCGGUAUAUUGUUCAUAGGACUAGCUCUAUGGACGUUGCUGCUGUGGAAAGUGGGAAAUGCGUAUAAUGGAUUCUUGGAUUCUAGAAGGAUAGCACAGAAAACCGGAUUUCCAGUUAUUGAGACGCCUCUUGCGCCAAUCGGAUUAAAAAAUAUUUUGACUUUGAAGUUGUUUAUUCCAAUUCUGAGGAGAUUACCUGGAACGAAGCAUUGGGAAUGGCUAUACAUAGCCAACCACCGCAACUCCUUCCUCAAUCUCCGCUCUUCCUAUGAUCUCCAUGGAGACACCUACAUAUUCGCGGCCACGAACCUCAAUCUCUUACGCACGACAAACGCAGAGUUGAUAGCGCAAUUCACAACGCGAAAAAAUGAUUUCGUUAAGCCCGUGAAGAAUUAUAAGGUGUUGGAAUUUUUUGGGAAGAACAUUGUGACAAUUGAAGGAGAGGAAUGGAGGAGACAUAAGAAGGUAGUGGGGAAGAGCUUUGGUGAAAAAAGUAUAAAGUUAGUUUGGGCGGAGAGUAUCAGACAAGCGGAGGCGAUGAUUAGAAUUUGGGGGAGGAGAAGUAGAAGUAGCGAGAAGGGCCAUGAGGAGUUGAGAGUGGAAGAUGCGGGGAGUGAUACGGCAAUUCUAAGUUUGCAUGUGAUUUGCGCUGUGGGAUUUGGAGUACCACAGUCGUGGGAAGGAGAGGAGGAAGUAGACGUGGGUAUUGGGGAUUUGAAGAUUGAAGGGGAAGAGAUGCCGAAUUUGGGUUUGAGUAAACCGGUUGGAGAACAUUCAUUGGGAUUCAAAGAUUGCAUUAAUACAGUUUUGAGUAGUCUUCUUCUCAUAUUAUUAUGGCCCCAGUGGAUGUUGAAACUUUCACCUAUAAAGCGCCAUGGAAAGGUGUACAAAGCGUUUAAAGAAACAAAUCAAUAUGUUACCGGACUACUCGAGCAUAAAAAGAAGCAAAUAUCAGCUGGAGAUUAUGACAAAGUUACCAUGGACCUAAUGGGGAAUAUGCUCAAAGCAUCCACUGAGACUCUGAAUUCCCCUAAGAACCCCAUGGUAUCAAAUCGAAACGAAGACUUGCCCCUCACCGAAGCCGAAAUAAAAUCAAAUGCCUUUAUAUUUCUCCUCGCCGGCCAUGAAACAACUGCAUCCAGCAUUCAGCUUUGUUUCGUCUACCUCGCCAUUUCUGUCUUGUCUCAGACAUCUAUGCAAGGUGAUAUAGACUUGAUUAUUGGCUCAAAGAAGCCACAGCAUUGGACAUAUAUGCGUGAUUUUCCAAAAUUGUACAAUAGUAUGGUAGGAGCGGUGUUGAAUGAAGAAUUGAGAUUAAUGCCGAUAGCGGAUACAAUACCGAAGAUUACUGUAGGGAAACAGAAGGUUAUAGUUGAUGGAGUGGAGAAAGUGGUGCCGGAAGGAUGUUUUAUUCAUCUGAAUACUGUAGGGACACAUAGGAUUUCAAAGGAAGGAAGCACAGAUUUGAAUGAUUUUGUACCGGAAAGAUGGAUUGUAGAGAAAGUGGAAGAGCGCCAAGAGAUGAAACAUGCGGAUGAGGAUGAAGAUGAGGAUUUGGUAAAGGAUAAAAGUGACCAUGAGAGCUCUACACUAUUUAAACCAGUCAAAGGAGCAUUCAUACCUUUUAGCGAGGGACCACGCGCUUGUCCGGGCAAGAAAUUCGCGCAGGUGGAAAGGAUUGCUGUUUUGACUGUGAUAUUUCAGAAAUAUAGUGUGGAGUUGGAUGUGUCUAGAUGGGCGAGUGAUGGGGAAGUACAGAGGAUGAAUGAUGAAGAGAGGAGAGAAGUUUAUGAAAAAGCUAUUAUAGAAACGAAGGAGGUGCUUAAAAGAUGCAAUCAAGCGCAAAUAGUGUUGAAGAUGGCGAAAGAGGAUAAAGUGCCGUUAAGAUUUGUGGAAAGGGGAAAGGAGAGAUUCCGUGGCUUGUAAGAGCAAGUGUAGAGGGGGAGAAGUGGAUGUAUAUUAUAAAAACAAAUGAAUAAUACCUUUUUCCUGCGAUUGAAGGUUUGAGUAUAUAUAUCUUGUCUCUAAGACUUUCUUUGCCACCAUACAUCGAAAAGUUGGA